GGAGCGGAAGUAGAGAGCCAGCAGCCAUGAGAGCCUCAGCCAGCGUGCCUGCUGCUAACUGCUAGCCGCUAGCUACUUGUCAAAGCUCACUUUCUUGCCUUGUUUUUGGAAAAGACGGCACUUUGCAGUAAGAAUCUCACUCAAAUAAGACUUUAUUCCAAACUUUAAAGCUGAAGAAAAGACGAUGGAGUCCAUGGUUGGUGAUUUCGACUCACUGAUGGAAUAUGAUGAGGAAGAAAAGACAGAGUUGCUUGACAAAGAGGAGAGUGUAGAUGUGGAAGAUGCCCCCCCGCCAAUAACAGUCAUCCCCAUCCCAGUGCUGUCGGUCAACAGCUGCAGCCCCUCCACACUCAACAACACAAUAAAGUCAUCAGACGCUCUUCUCAGCUUCUUCGUCAAUGGUUGCCAUGUCCACCCUGCGGGGGGCACUACAAAGUUGAAGCUGCACUUUCAUCCUGGCGGGACAUGCAGCGGCUUCGUCACGGUUCACGUGAUGCCUUCUGCCGCUAUCGCGCCACCUGCGUCUGAUCCCACCCUCAUCAUCACAGGUGUGGUCUCGGGUGAAGCUGCUCAAAAAGUUCUUAAUGAACACAAGUUGAACAGCAUUACCCAGAAGCCUCAGCUCGAUUCCUCUACUGCCAACAUCACGAGCAGACCUGCAGCUUCCAAAAAUUUUAUACCCAGAGGUACCGACCGUCCUUUAAAGUGUCCGGUAUGCUCCUCUCACUACAAACUGAGUGUAGAGCUGCGAGGGUUCAUAUGUCUGUGCAGUCCAAUUAUCACAGAGAGUCUGCAGAAGCUGAAGAAACAACAGCAACAGCAAAGGAGGAAGAAACACCGGAGGCACAAGGAGAAGGCCAACAAAGUUUCCAGGACUCACAAAGUCGCCUCCUCUGUUGACGUUACCUCGCCGCUCCACCAGACGCCCUGCCUCUCUGAUGAUGUGCUCCCAGAUCAGUUGUCAAGCCCCUCCGCUCCCAGUACCCCCAGGCUCAUCCAGGAAGAACCAGAAGCCCAUCCUUGCAAGCUUUUCAUCAUGGUUGAUGACUUCUACUAUGGAUGUGACGUGGGACGUCGCCACUUGGCUGAACACUUGCAUGGAGCCAGACACGUGGGACCUUAUCGCUGCAUCCACUGUCAUGAGACACUACCCAACAACAUCAAGUUGAUGUCGCACAUGAAGCUGCACGCCACCAAGAUGGACGCUGUGUCCUCUUGUCCUCACUGUUUCCGUCACUUCAGCUCUCUGUUGAUGCUGCAGUGCCACAUGGAUGCCGUCCACACUCAGUACGAGUCCACUGCAAAGUGCAAGAUCUGUGAACUUGAUUUUGUCAGUGAACCAUCCUUGUUGAUGCAUUUAAAGACCACUCAUAAAGUAGGAGAGAUGCCCUACAUCUGCCAGGUGUGUGACUUCAGGUCGUCGUUUUACUCAGACGUGUGGAAUCACUUUGAGGAAGUUCACGCGGACACCAAAAACCUCAUGUGUCCUUACUGUCUGAGAGUCCUAAAGAGCAGUUCCUGCUACCAGCAGCACUUUGCCAAACAUCAGGAAAAAAAUGUACUUGGCUGUGAUAAGUGUCGUCUUCACUUCCUGUACGUCAAAGAGCGCUUGCAGCACAAACGGGAGCACCACUGCACACACAUCACACCUACACAACUCAAAGGACUCAAACCUGGAACCAAGGUGACUGUCAGGAUGUACUCGGCACUUGCAGGAGUAGUGGGUGAGGAUGUUCACUCUAAAACACUUGUCCCUUGUAAGGUGGUAGAAGUUGGGGAGGCCCUACCCUCUCAGGAAAGUCUCAAGAAGAAACCGAGGGAGAGUUUGAGACACUUGUUAUGCAACCUCAGCAGCGAUGAAGAUGACGACAGCUGUCCUUUCCGUCGUUGUGUGGAAUGUCUGAAGUCCAUCGAGAAGUUCACCGCUCACUUCCCGUCUAUGGUCUGCUGCUCGUUGUGCACAUUUACCACGUGCUGCUCCAAUGCCUAUGCCAACCACAUGAUUAGAGAACACACCAUCUCCAAAAAGAUGCCUCACUACGACAGCAUCUUUCAGAUUCACACACGGCUGCAGGAGAAGUUGAAGUGCUUGUCGUGUUCGUACGUCACCCACAUAGGAGACAAGAUGGCCGCUCACCUGAUUGAGCAACCAGAACACCUGUGCGUCAUGUCAACACACUCGAAAACCAUUCUAAACGCUGAUGACAAUCCACCAAUGCAGAAUUCUGACAGUGUGGCAUUAUCAAGAGAUGUAGGAAAAGCCUUCGUCCCCGUCCACCUUCUGUCGUCCCAUCAGCCCAACCCCCAGUUGUCAAUCAAGGCUCUCACCGCCCCCUACGCCUUGUCCUCUCCUGCCGCCAUGACGAUUAAGUUCAUGGGGCCCUGCCCACCGCCUGAAGAGUUGACGGAGAAAAAACAGAAGGCGAAGCUUUCGUCCGUGACGCCGCCUUUGCUGCAAGAGCAACUCCUGUCUUACGAUGAGUGGGAGUGGCGUGUGGCAAUGUGGGUGCUGACUCGGCGUGAGCAGCAACUGCAGGUCAGCAAGGAGGUGUUGCUGCACACCGGCCAAAUUGCGGCACGAGGCAACGCUCGUGCGGCAGAGAGUUACCGGCGGGUCGUGGACUUCCUGUUGCAUGACCCUCAGCCGACCAACAAACAUGGCCACCUGCCCAGGAAGCUGUUGUUGGAGGUCAUGGAGAAGAGCCGCACCUUCAUCCUGUCUCUUUGCUCACAAAUCCAGAGCGCAGCUCUUCUUCCUCACUGCGUGGGUUUCAUGGACGAACUUACCAUCUAUGUGAACGUGGACAAGUUCUCCAAACAGAACCCAGCAGCCUUCAGUCUGCUAGGUUUGCCUGGCGAGAUGCCGCUCUUUGACGUGGUUCUGUCCGCCAUGUCCGAUGGAACCUCCCUCACGCCCAUGCUCUUCUAUCGAGGAGAGCCGAUGGACAUCCCGGCAGAAUUCCCAGACAACGUGCUGCUGGAGGCGCGGCCCGGCGGCUUCACUGACACCUUGCGCCUCCACACAUGGAUCCAAAAGGUGUGGCAUCACCGCCCGCCGUCCAAAAAGUCCAAGUCCCUGCUGAUGCUUGAUGUCUAUCGAGGUCACAUGACGGAUGAGUUUAAGAGCGACCUGAGCGCCGCCUCCACAGACCCUGUCUUCAUUCCUGCGGGGUGCUGCUCCCGCCUGCAGCCGCUGGAUGUGUGCGUGAAGCCCGUUCUGCACAACUUCUUGCAGUCCCGCUGGAAUAGUUUGGUCUUUCAAGGAGGUUUGGAGGGUCUGAGUCUGAACCAGCUGGCUCUGACUUUGACUUGCUGGCUCAGCGAGAUGUCGUCCACUCUGAGCUCAGACGCAAACAUCUUGAGAAGGUCUUUCGCCUCGGUGUGUCACCUGCAGAAGGAGCAGAAGGACGCCGACGUGAUGAUCCAAAUCCUGACUAGCAAGCUCGUCCAGCCUAUUCUUCCUUCUCCUCCUCGAUCAGUGCAGCUGGUGCUGGUUCUACAAGACAACAACCAAAGCCUGCACCAGAACCACAAGUCACAACUGGAUCAUGGUGACGCCAACUCUAACCAACAAAUGAAGACGUAAACUGUCACUUUGGCGACACCUGGUGGUCUUUUGUUAUUGUUCAAUUAUGGACUUCAUGUUAAUUCUGAGAAUUAAUGUUUGCUUUUAUGUUGCAGCAAAUAAAGAGAAUGUUUAAUGUCA